AUAGAACGCGGUAGUUUCAUUUUCGGCCCUUGAAGAUCUUUUGUGAAUGGAUUCUUCUCUUAUUCUAUAAAAAAAACUAGUUAUAUAUUUAUUUAAUUUAUUAUUAUAACAUAUUUUUGUUACUAGACAACAACUACUGAAAGUUUUUUAUGUGUUGUUGCCAGGGCCGCCGAGAAGGGGGGUCAGCCGGGGCAUUUGCCCCGAGGCCCGGUCAUAUUCUGGGGGCCCGGCCACAAGAGAUUUUGAAUUGAAACCUGAAUUGUAUUUUUUAACAGAAAUCUGCAUAUGCAUAUGUAUCUCUAUAGAAGAUUUAAAAAACCAUAUCUACCAUUGAGCAAAAUUUCCUAAUUACGGCACAGUAGCAGAAAGCUCGCUAGGUAAAAAACUGUUUGAGAUCGACUAUGGGUCAAGAUCGUUAGAUCAAUCUCGGUACAUUAGCUCUUGAAGCUCAAUUUGCUAGAAAAAUUUAUUUUGAGCGAGUGAUUGCUAAUAAGAAAAUCCGCAGAGUUUCAUUGUAAUUUGGUUAUUUGAAUAAUAAAUUAUGAAAAUGACUGUGUCUGUAUGAAAAUUAUUCAAAUGUUCUCCUUUCAAAUCUAAGUAAUCAAGAUUGAAAAUGUCUAGUUUAAGAUAAGGGUGAUGGACAACAAAAAUUUCAAUUAUAGGGGCCCGGUCAAAAAAUAUUCCCGGAGCCCGUCGAGGCUAACGGCUUGUUGCUACAAGAGCUGUUGUAAUUCUUUCCUCCAUGUUUGCCUGGUUGCAAAAACAAGGUCUGUGAUACUUCUCCACAAAUAAAAAUUUAAAAAACCAAAACCAAACUAUUCCACAAAACUUUGCGUUUAAUAGGCAAAUUUCGAACUUGGAGCACUAAAUAUGAUAAAAGUGAAGACAAACAUUCACAAGUAACGAAUAUUUUUAGUAGGACAACUAAUUAACUUAGAAAAAAUCAAUUGGAUUCAGUGCAUAUUGUAAUUACCUCCACUCUUUAGAACACUCAAUAAUUCAAAGGUGUUAAUACGUUCCUCACGUAUUUUAAUCUCUUCCAUCAUUUCACAUAAUUAGCCAUAAUGAAUACCUUCCAGCAGUUAAUCUCUACAUCAAUACCCCUAAUUAGUAUCGUUGUCCGUUGCUUAUAAUCAUCCAUCAUUUUUUAAGUUUCUAAUAUGAGUACUACACCAGUAGUGUACUUAGUUAAUUUUCAAGUAUGCAGCUGGGUUUCUUGUUAUUCGUCUUACUUCUGAUAUCAAAAACGUGGUGUUCUCUUCAACCGCUUCCAGAUGAACUAUCUACUCGUCUGUCGCUAGCUCAGUGCAUCGCAAAAGCAGGUACAAUUUUUAUACCCGUUGGCGAAAUUAUAUUGGUAUCGUUACCGAUUAGACAAGUCGGUGAGAAUGAGCCAUCCGCGGUCAUGUUAAAUCAACUUUUGUUUAACACUUUGUUCAGUUUGUGCUAUUGGCCUCUAAUUGUAAUUAAACCGAGUAACAAACGCAUAGACGAAAGUUACCAAGUAAAUAUUCAAAACUAUAUCGUGCAAGUUAGACAAAUAACCGAAUUGAACCAUAGUUUGCAGAAGUUAGAAAAGUAUUCCUCCUGGAAUCCUCACGCAAAAUUUAUGGUGGUAUCUGUAACUGUCUUCGAGGAUAACAUGGUGGCAGCUUCAAAGUUUGUGGAACAAUUGUGGGCUCAUAAAGUGGCCAACGGCAUUAUUUUACUUCCGAGUGCGGAUGACACAACCGUUUUUGAGACUUACUCGUGGUUCCCAUUUGAUGACGGUAACUGUGGGCAGAAUUUUAGUAAAUUACGCAUCGUAGAUCGUUGCCGUUUUGGAAAGAUGACGAAUGGAAAUGGUUGGUUUUCAAACAAAAUACCUCACAAUCUUAAUGGGUGCCCCAUUUAUAUCCGUACAGUCGUUUGGCCACCGUACGUGUUGCCCCCUGAUCCAAACGUCGUGGACGAGUAUAGAUUUUCGGAUGGUUUGGAAAUUUUAUUAGUUAAUACAAUGGCGGAAGUCGCACAUUUUCGCGUCGUGUACACUACGUCGGAGGACAUUCAAGAUUGGGGCCAAAUAUUUUUAAACGGUAGCGCUACAGGUUUAAUGUUACACAUGAAAAAUGAAGAAUCUGACAUAGGCAUUGGUGCUAUCGCGGCAUCAAAAGAAGCUAAUCGUUACUUUGAUGCGGUGACGUAUCCUAUUCCAGAAUCACUAAAGUGGUGUGUCGCAAAAGCGAAGCUGAUACCAUCUUGGAAGUACUUUUUCAACGUAAUUCAACCAGAAACUUAUCUUUGCGUCAUUUUCGCUUUCUUCGCAGUCUCAAUCUGUAUGUGGAGGCUCAGUAGAUACCGACCUGGAGAAUCCACCUCAUACAAAAGCUUUCAAAGUUGCGCCCAAAAUAUGUUUGGCGCUAUGCUUAAUGUACCGAUCAAGAUUGUACCACGAACAAAUUUUCUACGUGCCAUGUUCUUAGUGUGGAUUUUUUUCACUUUGCACAUCAAUGUAGCUUACCAAACAUUUUUGAUGAGUGUUUUCUCGCAUCCGCAAUACGAGCAUCAGCUUAACACGGUUGAAGAGCUAUUCAAUAAUAACCUCAGCUUAUGGUGUUUACCUACGUAUAAACAAUUUUUUAACAACAAAGACUGGGUUACUCUCAAUGUGAUGCGUCAAUGGAAAGAUUGCACGGAUAUAAAUAAGUGCCUACACUUCACUGCUUACGAACAAACUGCAGCAACAUGCACCCCACGUUUAUACCUAAAGUACAUUUCCAACUUGUACGUCGACAAAGAUCAUAAUUCACUUCUGCACUGCUUCGAGAAUAGUAUAGCAACUUUUCCGUUACAAAUGUUGAUGAGGAAAGGUUUUCCAUUUCACAGAUAUUUCUCAAAGUUAGUCGGAUGGAUUUCCGCUGCUGGAUUUACCGCACAUUGGGAAAAGAAAAUUUUUCAGUACAUCGAAGAAGAGGAUUUAAGCGAUCUCCAAGAGGACAGUCGGGCACUUUUCACAAUAGAAAUAAAUCACCUAAUACUUUUAUUUGUUAUGCUGGGUGUAAGUUAUGUUGUUGGAUUGAUAGUUUUGCUUCUGGAAAUCUACUAUGAUAAGAAAAAAAUUUCGCAAUUGCCAUAUUUGAAAUAGAAGCUUUAUAAUUAGUUACCUGAUGUACUUAGUAAUAAGUGAAAAAUUGUGUGGAAUAAA